AUGCGUUUUGAUCGGGAACCAGAUCGUUCUCCUUCACCAUCACCUCCACCAUUCAACGAUGAAAACAACAAUGAUGAUGUUGAUGAUGAAACUGAACUGCAAGCAAGCAUUGCUGAGAAAGAGGUCGAGAUGAGACAAACACAUGAAUUACUCAAUGAACGAAUAAGACAAGCCCAAGUAACACUUGCUCAACUUCGACAGGUCAAUCAUCUUUUACAGCAGUUCAAGACUCUUGCGCAUGAUGAUGUAAAUAAAAAAAGUUGA